AGAGGAAGCGACGCGGAUGACACGCGCGCGCCCUCCGUCUGCCUCACAUACGGAGGAAGAGGAGGACGGAGAAGAGGCGGAGGAGCGGAGGAGCGGGAGGGGACAUGCCCGGACUGUAGACGACAUGGGCUGCAUUGGAUCCCGGACCAUCACGGCCGAUGCGGUGCCGGUGCGCAAAGAUGGAGAUCAGCAUGGCCGUGCAGAGUUUUCCUGGGAAGGAAUCAAUUUGUCCAUGGAAGACACCACGUCCAUCCUGCCUCGUCUGAAGAGGAAGUCCACCAACACCUAUGGGAUCGGCGCCCUGGCUAAGUCCUCUCUGUCAGGUGUGUCAGGCGUGACCCGCUCCAUGAAGGAUAAGGUGACCAAACCCACCGCCAUGGCCCAGGGCCGCGUCGCUCACAUGAUCGAGUGGCAGAGCUGGGGCAAGCCGUCAGCGGGGCCCAUGGGAGGGGCGGGGCUUAGCAACCUGCAGAGGGAGAAGGAGAGGAGGAUGGAGAACGACGCCUACAGCGACCUGAGCGACGGCGAGAAGGAGGCGCGCUUCGCCGCAGGGAUCAUGCAGCAGUUCGCCAUCUCAGAGGCCACUCUGUUCGGAUGGAACUCCAUGGACGGGGAGAGUCUGGGCGCCGGCUCCGCCCAUGGCAGCGUGGCCCACCUCAGCGAGGUCAACCAGGAGAGCAUCACCAGCAGAGACCAGGUCCUCCACCACUCCUCUGCAGACGUCUGGCCUCAUACCUAUGUGUCCCAGGGUCUGUACUGUCUGUCCUCGUCCGACGCCUGGGACCCCAUCACCAGCCAACCCUCGGGUGUGGCCUCCCCGGCCGCAGGCUCCUACAUCAUGGCUGCAGGCGGCAGCGGGGCUGGGGCGACGCCCGGCGAAGGCUACGAGUCUCCGGUGGGCGGGUACCUGCAGGGGCACCAGGCCCAGCUGAGCCUGCAGCAGCACAGUCAGCUCCAGCAGCUCCAGCAGCUCCAGCAGCUCCAGCAGUUCCACCACUACCAGCAGCAGCAGCUCCUGCAGUACCAACAGCAACAGCAGUCUCUGGAACACCGGCUCCACAGUGCCUCCCACUCCCUACAGGCCACGCCCAACAGCACCAUCCACAGCCUGGGCCCGCCCACACACCCCCGCCUCGCCGACCUGUGGGGGGGCGCUCAGGUCGACGCCCACCAGGUGGAGGUGGUGGGACAGCUGACUGCAGCCAUGGCUGACAUGGGUGUAGAAACGGUCGGAGAAGAACCAGAACCAGAAUCUGAAGGAACCCAGGAUCAGUACCAAGAGGAGGAGGAGGAGCUGACCAAGGUGGAGGAGGUGACCUUAACCCUGGAACCUGAACCCUGCUGCUCCCUGACCCCGUCCCCGCUGAGGGAGGAUGCCCCCCCCCCCAGCUCGUCCACCCAGGGCUCCAGCCCGGGACCGCCGCCGCAGACCGCCGAGACGCUCGCCGAAAGGACACCGCCGGACGUCACACCGUGCGUCAUCCGGUCACUGGAGGGGAAGGAUGAGGAGGCGGAGGACGGGUCCAUCGUCGUCGUGGUAACCAACUGAGACUCAGAACUCGGCAAAAGACUGAGGACAAAAAUACUUGAGUAAUCCAUCAAGAUAUUCUAAUCCAACACCCACCCACCCCACCCCGAAAAUAUUUACCCACCUGGAGACGAGAACCAUGAUGGGACAAAUGAAACAGAGGACACAUGAGGAGGCGUGUCCUCGGUGAGGACUUUCGAACAUUU